AACACAACAGGUGCGAAAGUGGACUAGUCCAGGUAGACUACAAACAUUCAAAAUGGCGUCUGGUAAAGGCGCAGGUAAAGGCUAUCAAGAGAAAAGCCGAGGAUACAUGUACUGGUUUGCCUUUAUUUGUUCGAUAAUCUCUCUGGUUUUAGUGUUUGUUGCCUUCGCCUCCCCCUUCUGGUACAAGUCAUGGAGCCGAGUCCACAGUCCCCUCGCCAAUGUCGGGAUGUGGCAUAUUUGUCUCUCAGGAUGGGUCAAGCCAAGGGACCCCACCAUGAGAUCAUAUGUAGGCUGCUGGUGGAUCCAUUCUACUUUCUUUGAAGACGUCUGGGAUGAAAUAAUGCCAGCCUGGUUCCGAGUCGUCCAGACGGUUGUCAUCCUGACCCUGCUGAUCAACAUGGCUGCCGUGUUCAUGCUCUCCUUCUAUCCGGUAGACAGAUUGAGGAUCAAAUACUACAACCCAAACCGAUACAGGGCCUUCCUGGUUAACUCUGUCCUCA